UUUUUCUAAGUUCUCUACCCGCGUGCACGUUUGGUUGUUCUAGAAAGCGCGGAAUCAAUUUUUUUUACCGCGGUUUCAUUUGCAGGAUAUUGUAGAGUUGAAGUGUGGAGGUGCCUCCGUGGGGGCAAAGAUUAGAGUAGAUCUGCGACGGAGCAAAUAGUCGCCGGCGAGGCUGCACUUUAACGUCGGUUAAGGAUGAUUAGCCUUUGCCAGAGCAAAAACACGAAAUCCGGCGAAAACAUCCCGGCGAAAUCGAAGCAAUUCAAACGGCGACUGGUGAAGUUCGAGGAGCUGCCGGAGUACUUAAAGGACAGCGAAUUCAUACUAGACUAUUACCGCUCGGAAUGGCCCGUGAAGGAGGCCUUGUGGAGCAUCUUCGCAUGGCACAACGAAACCCUAAACGUUUGGACGCAUGUAGGAGGCUUUCUCAUAUUUGCUGCAAUGGCGGCGAUGAGCACCACCGCGGAGCUCUGGAGUUUGCUCAGAUCAUCCACGGCGCUCGGGUUUUCGACGAUGGUGGCGGAGAUGAAUUUCGGAUCUAACAGUGACGCCUUUCCGGAUUUGCAUUUGAGACACGUUCUGGACCCUUCCAUCCUUGGUGAGGUGAGAGAAUCUGGGUUAGAAACAAUUCCUCGGUGGCCAUGGUUCAUUUUCUUAGCUGGAGGAAUGGGCUGCCUAGCUUGCAGUUCUCUUUCCCAUCUUCUGGCCUGCCACUCCAAAGGCUUUAACCUAUUUUUCUGGCGUCUAGACUAUGCUGGCAUUUCUCUUAUGAUUGUUUGUUCCUUCUUUGCUCCAAUCUACUAUGCCUUUUUCUGCAAUCCUUACGCAAGGUUAUUCUAUUUGGCGUCAAUAUCUGUGCUUGGAGUCCUUGCCAUUAUUACCUUACUUGCACCUGCACUUUCAACACCUCGUUUCCGACCCCUCAGGGCCUCCUUAUUCCUCUGCAUGGGUUUUUCAGGCAUAAUUCCCGCGGCUCAUGCUGUUAUCCUGCAUUGGGGUCAGCCCCAUAUAUUUGUUGCACUUGGAUACGAGCUUGCUAUGGCCAUUCUGUAUGCCACUGGAGCUGGAUUUUAUGUUGCUAGAAUACCAGAACGAUGGAAGCCAGGAGCAUUUGAUAUCGCAGGGCAGAGCCAUCAAAUUUUUCAUGUUCUUGUUGUUCUUGGCGCACUUGCCCAUAGUGUUGCCACAUUAGUCAUAUUGGAUUUCCGACUGGGAUCACCAACUUGUGCUAAUUAGCCAACUAAUAAUUAGCUGUCUUAAAACUCUUGUGAGAGAAAUAACUAGAAUUAUAUUAUGUCAAUUUGUCUAUUGCAUGAAUUGUAAUAUGAUUGUAGUGAGAAAUGGCUGUGUAAUUGUCAGAGAUGAGAGUGCAAUUUAAGUAUUUUCUUUUAAGAAGAGUAGCAGUGAUGUGUUUUAGCAAUUUGAUUUUAAUUUUUUAAUGACAACUUAUUCAUUCGAAUCUUUAGAUAGAAGAUGUACAGAAAAGAUCAUGAGACUAAAUUAUUAAUAAGGGCUCUGAAGUAAGUCUUAAGUUUAAGGCA